GACUUCCCUGCAGAUUAAAUAGAACCCGCGCGCACAACCAGACCAUCUCACAAGCAGCAAGCGCUAGCACACCAGUUUCUUCAAUCCCACUGGUACAAUGGCCAGUUAUCCGUAUUAUUCCCCGCCACCACCUUUGCCACCACCGCCAUCACCACCACCACCUUCACCACUAUGUAACGGAACUACUACAACACUCCCACCUCCACGCCCACCACCACAAUCACCAGCAUGUAACGACACUACUCCAACUAUAUUACCACCUUUGCCGCCUCCACUAGCACCACCACCGUCACCGUCACCGCCACAAGUGCCACCACCUUCAUCUUACUACUUCCCACCACAACCUUCACCACCACCACCAUCAUCUCCACCAUUACCUCCGUCAUACUACUCCCCACCACUACUUUCACCACCACCACCUGCAUGUAACGACACUACUCCAACUACAUUACCACCUUUGCCGCCUCCACUAGCACCACCACCGCCACAAUUGCCACUGCCACCUCCACCUUCAUCUUACUACUCCCCACCACAACCUUCACCACUGCCACCAUCAUCUCCACCACCACCUCCGUCCUACUACUCUCCACCACUACUUUCACCACCACCACCACCACCACCACCAUGUAACGAAACUACUACAACACUCCCACCUCCACCCCCACCACCACCAUCACCAGAAUGUAACGACACUACUCCAACUAUAUUACCACCUUUGCCGCCUCCACUAGCACCACCACAGCCACCGCCACAAUUGCCAUUGCGGCCACCACCUUCAUCUUACUACUCCCCACCACAACCUUCACCACCACCACCAUCAUCUCCACCAUUACCUCCGUCAUACUACUCCCCACCACUACUUUCACCACCACCACCUGCAUGUAACGACACUACUCCAACUAUAUUACCACCUUUGCUGCCUCCACUAGCACCACCACCGUCACCGCCACCGCCACCACCACCUUCAUCUUACUACUCCCCACCACAACCUUCACCACUGCCACCAUCAUCUCCACCACCACCUCCGUCAUACUACUCUCCACCACUACUUUCACCGCCGCCACCACCACCACCAUGUAAUGAAACUACUACAACACUCCCACCUCCACCCCCUCCACCACCAUCACCAGCAUGCAACAACACUACUCCAGCUAUAUUACCACCUUUGUCGCCUCCACUAGCACCACCAUCGUCACCACCACCGCCACAAUUGCCACUGCCACCACCACCAUCAUCUCCACCACCUCCUCCUUCAUACUACUCCCCACCACCACCUUCACACCCACCACCACUACCACCACCAUCACCAUCACCUUUACCAUCACCAUUGUCACCACCACCAAAAACACCUACACUACCGCCACCAUCUCAUCCACCAUCUUCAAUAUCGCCACCAUUACAUCCACCACCUUCACCAUCACCUUUACCACCUAUUGUACCGCCACCUUCACACCCACCACCUUCAUUGCCGCCGCCACCACCACCACCACCUUCACCAUCGCAUCCCACACCUUCACCAUCACCACCACCACCUAAAACACCUACACUACCGCCACCAUCUCAUCCAUCACCUUCAAUAUCGCCACCAUUACAUCCACCACCUUCACCAUCACCUUCACCACCUACUGUGUUUCCACCUUCACACCCACCACCUUCAUUACCGCCACCAAGUCCACCACCUUCACCUUUACCCCCCGUACAAACCCCACCUCCAGUGCCGCCACCAUCAAGUCCACCACCUCUAGUGCCGCCACCAUCAAGUCCACCACCUCUAGUGCCGCCACCAUCAAGUCCACCACGUCUAGUGCCACCACCAUCAAAUCCCCCACCUUUAUUGCCACCGCCAUCAAAUCCCCCACCUUUAUUGCCACCGCCAUUAAGUCCACCACCUACACCAUCACCACCUCCUCAUCCAUCUCCUUUAGUUCCACCACCAUCACAUCCACCACUUUCACCAUUAUCACCAUCACCAUCACCACCUACACCGCCACCAUACACACCACCACCUUCUCUGCCACCACCACUGAAACCAUCUGAUAGCCAUCGCACUGUUCUUCUUGCCACUUUUGUCUCUCUUGGUGGAUUGUUCUUUCUUGCAUUCCUUGCAAUUGGUCUCUAUUGCGUGCAUAAGAAGAAGAAAAAGUUAAAUGUAGCAUACAAAGUUCAAGGUACUCCUCAUGCAGUGGAGCAAGGAGAAGUUCACACCUUUCAGACCAUCGCCCCAGCUAACCAAAGUGCAGCUGUCAAUAUAAAGGAUCAAAGUCUGAAUGUUAAGCCCCAAUCUUAUGGUGAAGGCAGUGCGGAAGCAGAAGAAAAUGACCCUGAGAAGUUAGAAUUCGAAGAAGAUGAUGAUGAAUCAGAUCAAUCUAAAGAUUCAAAUAAAAGUUCUCCUCGCGAUGAUGAAGAAUCAGAUCAAUCUCAAGAUUCCGAUAAAAGUUCUCGUCGCCGGAAACGUGGUCGUACCAAAAAAAGCGAGCCUAAAACAGAUCAAUCUCAAGAUUCUGAAAAAAGUUCUCGUCGCCGGAAACGUGGUUCCAGUGGUCGUACCCAAAAAAGCGAGCCUAAAACAGGUCAGUCUAAAGAUUCAGAUAACAGUUCUCGUCACCGUGAUCGUAAAGGUGAACUGGAAUCGCAAGAAGAUAAUGAUAAAUCAAAUGGUUCAGAUAAAGAUUCUCGCCGUGGCGAUAAACGUGAGUCUCGUCGUCAUAGUCGUGCCCGAGAAAACAAAGACAAAGUGCCUUCCACGUCCAACCGUGAUACGGACGACCGCAAAACUUCAUAAUCUAUGAUCACCUGCUUUCUCCUUCAAAUUCUUGUUGAUCGAGUUUCAUGCAUGGGUAUUGUGAGUUGUGAUUGUACUAGUUUUACUACUUUAACGCAAUUGUUUACCUAGUGUUUUUAUUUUGAAUGAAUUGUCGUAUUUUGUUUAUUUAGUCAAUGUGAGUGAAAAUAAGAGAGAGCAUUCAACCUCGAAAUUCA